AAAAGGGAACAAAACGAUGGCUGGUUCUCAUUCCUCCUCCCCUCGUUUGUGGAGACGAGAGCUCUUCAUUCUCCCUCUCCUCCUCCUCUCCUUCUUUAUCGCUCCACCCCUCCCCUCCUCCUCCUCCUCCUCCUCCUCCUCUCCCUCUCCCCUCGACCGAACCCUAGCGCUGCCCCUCUCCUUCGAUCGCCCACGCCGCGGACGCACGGUGAUGGGGGCGCCGGAGCUCCGGCGGUGAUGGCCGUAGCCGGGAUCGGCGGGACCAGGGCGGGGGCGGACGGUUCGUCGUCGUUGUCUGCGGCGGCGGCGGGGGCGAUCGGGGCGGAGGUCGAUGAAGAGGCAAUGUGGCAAAUGAACUUGAGAGGAAGCGAAUCCAUGGAAGCAGGGCAUUACCCCGAGCGUCCGGGAGAGCCUGAUUGUACUUAUUACCUCAGAACUGGCCUCUGUAGAUUUGGGAUGACUUGCAAAUUCAAUCACCCACCAAAUAGGAAGCUGGCUGUUGCUGCGGCAAGAAUUAAGGGAGGAUAUCCUGAAAGAAUUGGUCAACCAGAAUGUCAGUAUUACUUGAAGACAGGAACAUGCAAAUUUGGAGCUACAUGCAAGUUUGACCACCCUAAAGAUAAGGCUGGUUUUGCUGGACGAGUUGAGUUGAACAUUUUAGGCUAUCCCCUUCGUCCGAAUGAGAAGGAGUGUGCAUAUUAUUUACGAACUGGGCAGUGUAAAUUUGGGUACACAUGUAAAUUCGACCACCCACAGCCAUCUAAUGCAAUGGUUACUCUACGCGGUUCUCCUGUUUAUCCAUCUGUACAGUCCGCCGCAUCACCCAGUCAACAGUCUUUUCCGGGUCUGUCAACAAACUGGUCCUUGUCGAGAACUUCGUUUAUUGCAAGUCCUCGAUGGCAAGGCCCUUCAAGCUAUGCGCAACUGAUUCUUCCUCAAGGAUUAGUUCAAGUUCCUGGUUGGAAUUCAUACGCUGGACGUUUGGGUUCAUCAUCUCCAGAGGGCCAGCAACAAGUUACUGGGAGUUCCCAGUACUAUGCUACCUCACGCCAAAGUGAAACAACAGUUGCAAGUGCUCAAGGGAUGUAUUCUUCUUAUCGACCGAGUUCUGUUUCUAUGGGAGUGUAUGCAGUUCAGAGGGAGAACAUAUUUCCGGAGAGACCCGACCAACCUGAGUGCCAAUACUACAUGAAGACCGGGGAUUGUAAGUUUGGUGCUGUUUGCAGGUUUCAUCACCCUAAGGAGAGAUUAAUUCCCGUCCCGAAUUGUGCUCUGAGUCCAUUAGGUCUUCCAUUACGCCCUGGAGAACCUGUAUGUUCCUUCUACUCGCGUUAUGGUAUCUGCAAAUUUGGACCCAACUGCAAAUUCGACCACCCGAUGGGAACUUUUGUCUACGGUCUUUCCACGCCCUCCACACCCGAGGCACCCACUGUUCGCCGUCUAUUAGGAUCCUCGUCGGGGCCUCCUACUUUGACAGGGCAUGCUGAAGCUGGCCCAGCAACGUCAAGACGGCUCUCCAUUUCUGAUUCCCAGCAUUUAUCUUCUGGCGACGAAAGCAUCGACAGGGAGGCCUCCCAGUCAUAAACACAUCCUUCCUCUUCUUUUUCUUUGCAACACUUGGGCUAAUAAAAUUUAUUUGUAAAUCCGAGUUCCUAAGUGCUGGAGAUGUACAGGAAUUCACCCACGAGGAGUUGGAAUUUUAUUUAUAUCCGAAACUGUUACCCUUUCGGCGCAAGCACAUCCUUGAAAUUACCGACUUUGGCGGCUUCUUUUGUAUAUCUGCGCCGUGUCGUGCUUCAGUCUCGAAUCUGGGCAGGAAAAGGAAAAGACUUCUUGCUUGCUCUUGAAUCUCAUUUGCCCCUAUCAAAUGGGGGGGCAAAGGAGUCUUCUUAUUUAUUUCCUCUUCUGUUGAAUACUUGUUUCCUCUGUGCUAAUAUUCUUUUUGCUCUUGCAUUCGUACCCCCGUAAGCUGUCCUGUAAUUCUUGUCCUGGGGCGUUGCUGCCCUUCUUUCCCUAGUUUCUCGUUGCUAUCCUCUCUUUAAUUUGAACUUUGAAUUCAAA